AAGAUGAGCUGAAGGCAACAAUAAAGUCUUAACCUGAAGAAAUAAGCGAUUUGAAGAAAGAAACAACUCAGAUAACAAGCAAUUCAGAUGAAAAAAUGCAUAAUACGAGGAAUGAUUUACAGGCAAAAAGUAAAGAUUUGCGUUCUUUUCUUGAAAAAAUUGCAUAUUGUUUUUCGUUACUUUCGGUUCGGACUACAAAAUGCUUAUUUAUUCAUGACUUGUGGCAAAGAGAGCUUUAUGCAUAUUCUAUGGAAUUUCGUUUAUCAACAUUGCAUAAGGCAGUCUUUAUGUCAGAGAACAAGAAAAUACUCAGCAAUACAAAUUUCCCAUCAGCCGUGGCAGGAUCAGCAGAUAUAUCUCAACAAGGUUAUUACGGUGCUAAAACGGACAGGAAAAUAGCUAAAGAGCAAGAAUUGAGGCUAGUGUUUUUUACAAGAAUAGAAUUAAAAAAGAUAUGUGAUUUUGAAUUCAUUUUUCAUGUGACAUUUUGUAAUGAUGAGAUUAAAACUAAUUCUGGGGAGCAAGAUACACCGCACUAUUUCAGUAUGCAUGCCUAUUGUGAUGCAGAAAAAAUUGAGAUAUUUUUCAUGGAACCCGAAGAUGAUGAUUUAGCAACCUUGACUUCUUAUACUGAAGGAAAUAUAUUAAUCUUCGGAUUCGAAGUAAAUGUUAGUGGAAUACAUGGUACUGUCUCAUUUAAAGAGCUUCAUAGCGGGAGAGAAUUGCACACAUUUAAAUCCGUAGAUUUUUCCAUACCUUUGAUUCCAAUGUUCAGUGUUUCCGAACCUAAUGUGGCUGAAAGUUUGAUCAUAUUAGUAUAGCUUGUGAUUGUUUUUUAAAGUGAUGAGUAAUAUUGAAUUACAUAAUUUUUUUUAUCUCUCUUCUAAAUAAAUAUGUCACCUUUUCAACUUUUUAAAAAAUAUUUUGACGAGGCCGAAUAUAACUAUU